GCUUCCAAAUGCUUUCUUUGAGGCUGAGGCUGGGCAGGUCUCCAAAGGUGCAGCAGCCACAACAAUCCCGCAGUUCAAAGUUAGGCAGCAGUUGCACAACUCCCAGCAGCGCUCUCAGCCUGCUGCUGCUAAUGAGCUGAAAGCCAGGGGCAUCGCAGGAGGUGAGCAGGAAGCUGCCGGGCCGCCUCCCUUCAUCCCAGGAACCCAGGCGCUCCUACCUCCCAUCCUCAGAUAACUUGGGCAUAAGCUCUUGCUGUGCACUUGCCUGGCGACCAUGGCUCCCUUUGGAAGAAACUUGCUCAAGACGCGGCAUAAAAAUAGAUCUCCAACUAAAGACAUGGAUUCGGAAGAGAAGGAAAUUGUGGUUUGGGUUUGCCAAGAAGAGAAGAUUGUCUGUGGUUUAACUAAACGUACCACCUCGGCUGAUGUCAUUCAGGCUUUGCUUGAAGAACACGAGACUACAUUUGGGGAGAAACGAUUCCUCCUGGGGAAGCCCAAUGAUUAUUGCAUCAUAGAAAAGUGGAGGGGUUCCGAACGGGUUCUCCCUCCACUAACUAGGAUCCUGAAGCUCUGGAAGGCGUGGGGAGAGGAGCAGCCCAAUAUGCAAUUCGUUUUGGUGAAAGCCGAUGCUUUUCUACCAGUUCCCUUGUGGCGGACAGCUGAAGCCAAAUUAGUACAAAACACGGAAAAACUGUGGGAGCUCAGCCCUGCAAACUACAUGAAGACAUUGCCACCAGAUAAGCAAAAGAGAAUAGUCAGAAAAACCUUCCGGAAACUGGCUAAAAUUAAUAAGCAGGACACAGUUUCCCAUGAUCGAGAUAGUAUGGAGACCUUAGUUCAUUUGAUUAUUUCCCAGGACCAUACUAUCCAUCAGCAAGUCAAGAGAAUGAAAGAACUGGAUCUGGAAAUUGAGAAGUGUGAAGCUAAGUUCCACCUUGAGCGGGUGGAAAGUAAUGGAGAAAACUAUGUCCAGGAUGCCUAUUUAGUGCCCAGUUUCAGUGACGUGGAACAAAAGCUAGACUUGCAGCAUGGUGAGAGCCAGAUUCUGGAGGACCUGAGCAAAAGUGAUGGAAUCCUGCAGCUGGAGGAGCAGCUAGUAUAUUACAGAAUGCUGAUCGAUAAGCUCUCCGCUGAAAUUGAAAAAGAGGUGAAAAGGGUUUGCUCUGAGAUCUAUGAAGACGUGGGAGGGGCAGCUGCGAGUGAACUUGAAAGCCUAAACUUAGAAAGUGUUAAGUGUGAUUUGGAGAAAAGCAUGAAAGCUGGCUUGAAAAUCCACUCUCACUUGAGUGGCAUCCAGAAAGAGAUUAAGUACAGUGACUCAUUGCUUCAAAUGAAAGCAAAAGAGUAUGAGCUCCUGGCCAAGGAGUUCAGUUCAGUUCAUAUGAGCAGCACAGAUGGAAACCAGCUGAAGGAAAGCAGAGGGAAGGAGCCCGAGGCCCCCAGCAGUGGCGGGGAGGGUCCGCCCUCCACUCAGAGACUAUUGAACGUGUACACGAACGACACAGACUCGGACACUGGCAUCAGCUCCAAUCACAGUCAGGACUCGGAAACAGCCGUGGCUGAUGUGGUGCUGCUGUCAACAUAAUGGGAAUGUCUUCUUUCUGACCUACUUUAGUGUUGUUCAUGCUUGUUUUAUUUACCAGGGAACCUUAUUUUAAAUAUUACAUGCUGGGGGGAAAAAUGUAAGUCCUGUUAAAACACUCACUAGUUAAUAAAAGCUAGAGAAAUGUGUAAACUUGUUUUUGAUUAAGAUAUCCAAGGUGACCUAACUAUUACUAGCUCAAAUGAUGAACUGUUGAUUAGGAAUGCAGCACAAAUAGAUUACUGAGAAAUAAUUUUAUGGGAGUUAUAACCUUCCAUAACUUCUAUGAGAAAUGCUUUAUCCAUACUUAAAACAAAUUCUUAAUAUUAGGCAGUCAGUAUAUUCAAGCAACACUCAUGAACAGUUAAAAUGCUAUAAUAGGUUUUUUUGAUGCUAUAUUAUUAAAAUUGUUAUAUCUGUAAAAUGUGUGAUAGGCACUCUACUGUAACUAUAUUAAUUCAAAUCUUGAUUCAUCUCAUUGAUAAUUAUACAUUAUCUUUGUCACUUCCUGAACCCCUCUACCCUUUAAGACUUAAUCAAUAGGAAGUGGGAAGGGCUGCUGGUGGGACCUGUACAAGGACCAGCAGUGGAUCAGAUGGGGAUAAAGAUGAGGAAGGGUCAAGGACUGCAUGCAACAGCAAUUUUUAUUUUUUUAUUUUUAUUUUUGUAAAGAAGCCUGAAGUGAUCAAGACAUAAGCAUAUGCUUUCUCUAGCUGGCAAUACCAGUCUUCUGAUUACACCAAUGGUCUGUGCAGCUUCAUUCUUUGAAGGAGGUAUGGUGUGGGUUACAGAGAAAAUCACAUGGUCUUAGUCCUGUUUGUUUACUUCUUGCUAAAGUUGAAGGGAUGCAACUCAGUCCUUUUGAAUGGGUACAAUAGAGUCUAUUUUAUCUGUGAACAUGCGGAGUGCAGAGGAACUCACAUGGACAAAAAAACACAUUUAUUCUGCUGUACUGUAAUUAGAUCAUCUUCGUUGUACUUCACCUAAGGUGCAACCUAAAAAAAAAGUACUAGCUCAGAUCCCUACCCCGAAGCAUGCUAGUAAAUAUGGAACAAAUAAAAUGAUUUUUUUUUUACAUCCUGCCUUGACUAACAAUCAUUAUAGUUCCAGUCUAUACUUGUUUUUUAGUUUAAAAGUUCCUGCUUUCUCCUGUUCUCUCUCUUUCUUCUCUCGCUCCCUUGUUUCUGGCCAAUGAACAUGAUAAAUCAUAUUGAAACAAUUUUAUUGUACUGUUAAAUGAAUACUGCCACCGUUUAUUUUUCUUUAGCUGACUUCUCUUAUAUGCCACUACACAUGUAAGUAGAAAUGUUAUUUUACUUACAUAUGAAAAACUAAUAGAUGAAUAUUAGUUAAGGUUCCCAGAAUUUUUCAUUUCUUCUCUUUUGUUUUUAUGCUUACUGAAGUGCAUAUUUUAAUUGUUUUUUAGUGUAUUUUUUUAUUCACCCAUCCCCCAGACCUUUCACCAAUCUUUGGGAAAAUAUUUAAAAUUUCACUUUGAGGAGGAAUCUAUGUUAUCGAUUCUUGCACCAAUAUAUUACUAAAUGCUUUAUUUGAAGCUGACUGGCAAGAAAAGUAGGAAUUUUUUGUUUCAGAACAAAUACAGUGAUAAAGAGUAAGUAAUAAUGCUAACAUGGGUUCAUUUUAUU